CGCAUCGAACGUCCAAUGGAAAGGAAAUGUGGUGGAGUCUGCGCUCCGGCCAAUGGCGGCGCAGCGCGGGAGUUUCAAACUGCCUCAGCCCAAUCAGGGUGCCGCUGCGUCUAUAAAGGCAACCGGCGCGCGCCCACUUCUCAGUCGUCUUUCGGCACCGGAGAAGUCUUCUACUUCGUCUCUUACCAUGGCCCGUACCAAGCAGACCGCCCGUAAGUCCACCGGUGGCAAGGCUCCCCGCAAGCAGCUGGCCACCAAGGCCGCCCGCAAGAGCGCGCCGGCCACCGGCGGCGUCAAGAAGCCUCACCGCUACCGGCCCGGCACCGUGGCCCUGCGGGAAAUCCGUCGCUACCAGAAGUCUACGGAGCUGCUGAUCCGCAAGCUGCCUUUCCAGCGGCUGGUGCGAGAGAUCGCCCAGGACUUCAAGACCGACCUUCGCUUCCAGAGCUCAGCCGUCAUGGCUCUGCAGGAGGCCAGCGAGGCUUACCUGGUGGGGCUGUUCGAGGACACGAACCUGUGCGCCAUCCACGCCAUGUCUGGACGAGGAAAGGGAGGCAAAGGGCUUGGCAAAGGCGGUGCCAAGCGGCACAGGAAGGUGCUUCGGGAUAACAUCCAGGGCAUCACCAAGCCUGCCAUCCGCCGCCUGGCUCGGCGCGGCGGCGUUAAGCGUAUCUCGGGGCUCAUCUACGAAGAGACCCGCGGCGUGCUGAAAGUCUUCUUGGAGAAUGUGAUCCGGGACGCCGUCACCUACACGGAACAUGCUAAGAGGAAGACAGUCACUGCCAUGGACGUGGUCUACGCUCUCAAGCGCCAGGGCCGAACCCUCUACGGAUUCGGCGGCUAA